GGGAAGUGAUGUGAGCCAGACGGAAAAUACUCGCCGAGGACCUGCGAGAGCAGCGUGGACCGGGAGCCCCGCGGGGACGUGCGGGCGGGCGGAGCGUCGCCGGGCCGAGCAGCUGAAUCCUGCUGGACAUCCAAGGUGGUCAGCUCAGGUCCUGGGUCCCACUUGAAGCCGUGUUUGGAUUGCUCCCUUGUCCAGCUUCCAAAGUGUACUUGUCCUGUGAACAGCUAUCGUACAGGUGAAGCUCAGGAUUGUCAGUAUGUCUGACGGAGACUAUGAUUACCUUAUCAAGUUUUUAGCUUUGGGUGACUCUGGGGUUGGGAAGACCAGCGUCCUCUACCAGUACACAGAUGGGAAAUUCAAUGCCAAAUUUAUCACGACAGUUGGCAUUGACUUCAGGGAAAAGAGAGUGGUGUACAGAGCCAACGGGCCAGAUGGGGCUGUGGGCAGAGGCCAGAGGAUCCACCUGCAGCUGUGGGACACAGCCGGGCAGGAGAGGUUCCGCAGCUUGACCACGGCCUUCUUCCGGGACGCCAUGGGCUUCCUUCUGCUGUUUGACCUGACGAAUGAGCAAAGUUUCCUCAAUGUCCGAAACUGGUUAAGCCAGCUACAAAUGCACGCAUACUGUGAAAACCCAGACAUAGUAUUAUGUGGAAAUAAGAGUGAUCUGGAAGACCAGAGGGUAGUGAAGGAGGAGGAAGCCAGAGGACUUGCAGAGAAAUAUGGAAUCCCCUAUUUUGAAACUAGUGCCGCCAAUGGGACGAACAUAAGCCAAGCAAUGGAGAUGCUGCUGGACCUGAUCAUGAAGAGGAUGGAGCGGUGCGUGGACAAGUCCUGGAUUCCGGAAGGAGUGAUGCGAUCCAACGGCCCCCCCUCUGCAGACCAGCCGAGUGGAGAGAAGCCCAAGGGGACGUGUGGCUGUUGAGAAGUGCAGGGGGUGGCCGGGCUGUUCAGGUGCCGUCUGCCUGUGAGCACUGUGGCCGUACAUCUUAGGGUUGGCCCGCCCCGGCGUGCAGACACAGCUCCACCCCACUUUUUACAGUCGUUAACUCGUUGCAGCUUUGUAAAUACUUGUCUAGAUUCAGUCCGACACUUGGAACUAGCUCAGAGCCAAAAGUGCCUUAGGAAACCUCGGCCUACACUGGCACGACAGUCAGAUUCAGGCUUUGCAGCCACCGUGGCAUCUGCUGGUAGAACGAGAAUGCUGUGAGACAUCACCCACUUCUCUGUACAGACCCAAUUCUCACAUUAUUAUCAUUAUUAUUUUUUGAGGUAGGUUCUUGCUUUAGCCCAGGCUGACCUGGAAUUCAUUGUGUAGUCCCAGACUGGCCUCAAACUCACAGCGAUCCUCCUACCUCUGCCUCCCAUGUGCUGGGAUUAAAUGUGCCGGCAUGCCUGGCUUCUCACAUUAAGACCUCUGAUAACAAUUAAAAGCCGAGCCUGGUCCUGAAUCCAAAAUUUAAAAUUUAUACUAUAGGUAACCCUCUAACGUGCCAUUUUCAACCACUGAAAUGUUAAAUAAGAAUACAGACACACACUGGGAUCAAUGUCUUUCAGCAUUUCUUUUAUGUAAGUACUCCCUUUAAUGUGCGCACAGACAAAUCAUGGCCGCUAUUUAUAGGCCCUGGAUAAACUGGAUUGACUUUGUGUUUUCUUUUCUUGCUGGUGGGGCUGGGCUGACAAAACAUAAGCAUGAACAAGUGAGGCCAGCUUUUGGCUCUUACGAUAUCGCCAGUGCUCGGGAGUAUUGUGGUGGGGGGGGGGUCAGAGGUCACGCAUUUAUGCUUGUCCACUAGUUCUGGCCUUGCACAAGACAGCUGCUGCUUCUGCUGAGUUUGUGAGAGAAAAAGAAUUCGUUUCUUCCUCUUCGUGUUCACACUGCUGUGCAGGCCUCUGCAGACCGCACCUGCAAUUAGCUUGUAAAGUCCUCAUCUUCUUCUUCCGCGUCAGGCUCUGCAUGGCUGAUGUUUUUCCACUUUUUCCUCCACUAGUGUAAUUGAAGGAAUUCAUUUCUAAUGACAUGGGAUGUUUGUUUGCUACUUGGUGGAAGAUAGAUGUUUGUGUUUAAGCAGCCAUAUUUGUAGUCUAGCGCAGUUUAUGAAAAGAGUGUUCAAUCAUCUGUAUCUUUUCAAGGGCAUUGUGGGUAUUGACUGUACUUGCUGGGUCUUGCCCAAGUGUCUGCACACCAGUGAGAAGUGAUUUUAAUAUAUGCUUCAUAAAAUUUACUUAUAUAAUUCUAAAGUAUUCAUUUAGAGUAAAAUUAUUAUUUAUGACAAUGGUUCAAAUAAAGUAGACUAAAAUUUCCAAAGAGCUUACUGAUUAUUAGGAAGAAAUAGCACUCAUAAUUUAAAUUUAAAUAAGUGUUUUGUAGCCAGGUGUGGUGGUGGUACACCUUUAAUCCCAGAACUCAGGAGGCAGGGGUGAGGCAGAGGUAGGAG